GUUACUAUAAAAGACAAGAACCGAUUUACCGGAGAUCAGUGUUCGGUGAGCUCAAUUGGAAGUUUUGUGUUAAGCGCCAUCUAAAAGUAAAGUGUCGGUGACAUAAAAGUCCAAUUCGAAGAAUAAUUUGAAAUCCUUGAAAAUGUACUCCAAAAUGAUUGCUGUUCUGGCGUUCGUCGCCGUUGCUGUUGCUGCCCCUCAGCAUCAGGAAGCUGCCCGAUUCCCGGCUGGAGUGAAUCCGGCUGCUUGUCCAUCUUACCCCAACUGCGACAACGCUGCCCUGCACAAUCCACAACAGAAUCACGCUUCCAACCACUGGAACCCAAGCUGGAACGCCCAACCCACCUGGAACCAGCAGCCAGCUGCUCCUGCCUGGAACGCCCAACCUGCUGCUCCGGCAUGGAAUGCUCAGCCUUCCUGGAACCAUCAGCCGGCUGCCCCAGCCUGGAAUGCCCAGCCCGCUGCUCCUGCCUGGAACGCCCAGCCAACCUGGAACUCGUACCCAGCUCUGACUGGACCAGCCCACAACCAUCUGGCCGCUGCCCCAGCCCCAACUGCCGGUGGUGACAAAUACCCAGCUGGUGUGAACCCUCAGACCUGCCCCAACUACCCAUACUGUGACAACACCCACUCUGCUGGAGCCCCAGCCGCUGCCCCUCUGCCCGGAUACACCGAGCGUCAGUACCCAGCUGGAGUUUCUCCCCACAGCUGCCCGAACUUCCCAUACUGCAACUAAGAAUCUCCCGAGCUGCUUCCCUCAAUAGUAGUGGCCUGUGAUAUUUAUUAGUCUACCUACCUAGCUUCUCAUGCUUUCCCAUGGAUAACUACCAACCAGAUGAAGAUCUUCAAGGGCCCUCAAGGGGGUUGAUUUGGUUCAACUCAGCCCGAUAAAAAAAAAAACCCGUUAGCCGAACCCUUCAAUUCUAUUUAAGCUUAGAAAGCAAACCGAAAGUCACUGCCAUGGUUGUUUUGUGUAAAUAAUGUUUCAUACCAAUAUGUAGUAUUUUGUGAAUCGUUGAAACCAUUUCUGUUGUGUGAGAAAGGAAACCUAGUUCCUCAUGUUUUGUGUAAGCAUAAUGUGAUUGUGCAGGAUUGAAAAGAAAGAAAAAAAACGAACGAUAUAGCGAGAGAUUAAAUUGAACUGCAAUUUUUAAACUGAAA